AUGGCUGCAUUGAAUGCAACCGGUACCGAGUCGAAAAGCGUAGCGAAGGAAGCUCUAGCCAUCCGCGGACUGGCACUUAUCGCCCCGGCUGGUUGUGUCCCGCAUCAAAGUCUCCACUUGGGCGCCAUAUCACUGAUGCUGAAGCUGUUGAAGUCGGGGAACUCGUGGGCAGUGAGCGCAGCAACACACGUCACCAAGUUCGUGUACACCAAAGUACUGCGCUUUCCAAGCAGCGACUCGUCCGCCGAUCCGUUCGUGUCGGCUGUGGUUCGAGCGGGCACAACCAAUUUCGACUUGAUCCGUGACCAGGCCAAGCUGCUAGAAAGACUCCGACUGCCGACGUUCAUUGCGUGGGCCAAGGACGACGAGCACAUCCAGCCAGAGAUCCCGACAGAAUUGUGCAAGCUGUGCUCUGUUGGCCCACGACUUGAGUUCUCAGGCCACAACCUGCAAAAGACUCGAGCGGACCAAAUAGCGACCGCCAUGACCAAGUGGAUCGACGAUGUCAUAACCAAAACCUCAGUUUAG